AUGGCUUCUAUUGGCAAAAUUUACACCUCUGAGAACAGCUUUGUCACGGCGAAACUGCUGAUUAUCGCCAAAUAUUCUGGCGUUUCUGUGCAAAUAGAAACAGUCACCUCUCUGGACAAGUUGAAAACCAAACUUCCAUUAACUAAACUCCCAGCAUUUGAAGCUCCGGAUGGAUUUGUCCUAUACGAGUCAAAUGCAAUCGCUUAUUUCAUCGCCGCAUCGUCAAAAUCCAACAUGUUGGGAGCUUCAAUACCCGAUGCUGCAAGAAUACAGCAAUACGUGUAUCUCGCCAUGAAUGAAAUCGCUCCUGCCCAGAGCGCAUGGGUGUACGCUUUGCUUGGAUGGGCUGGUAGUCAAGCUUCGAUAAAGCAAGGACAGGACAGUGCGAGGAAAGUCAUGAAUGCGUUAAACAUUCAUCUCAAACAAAACACGUUCUUGGUCAGUAAUUCGGUUACAAUUGCUGAUAUAUUUGUUGUGGUUGGGUUGUUGCCAUUGUAUCGUGUGGCAUUCGACACAACAUUCAUAUCCGAAUUCAAGAACGUGAAUCGAUGGUUUUCGACAUGUAUCAACCAACCACACUUUGUAUCCAUACUGGGGAAAGUCGAGAUACCUUGCCUGGGAGGUGAUCCAGCCAAAUACAAGGCACCUGCAAGAAUCAGUGGGGCGGCUGCUCCUCCAAAAAUACCUACUGGGAAAUACCUGGUCAAGACUGAUGCUCCAAAGAGAACUGUUGCAUUGUCGUCAGAAGAACGAGCGGUAUUUGAUACACAUACUAAAAAAUAUCCAUAUCUGAAUGAUUUGGAGUCGAAGACUACUGUUGAGAUUCAGAUGUCAAACCUGGACAGCUCCAGUAUCGCAUCGCUUUCAGCUUUACUAGCUCUGCCUCUGAUGGUUCAGGACCUAAAUCUUUCAUGCAAGUUGACAGAAUCCAACGCACUUGGUGAAAAUGGAGCUGCUGCUCUCGCUCAAGGUUUAGCUCUGAACAAGUCGUUGAAGAGAUUGUAUUUGUCAAACUGCUCUCUUGGAGAUACUGGAGUCAAGUCUAUGGCUGAAGCCUUGUCAAAAAAUACAUGUGUUGACGAAAUCUACCUGUCACAAAAUGGAAUCACGGAUGGUGGAGCUAAGCUUUUGGCUUCAGCUUUAUCAAAGAACGCGAGACUUCAGCUUUUGUCAUUAACAGAAAACAACAUUGCGGAUGACGGAGCGAGCAAGUUAGCUGAUGUAGCCAAGAAUUCGAGCAGUGGAUUGGUUAUUCUUUAUCUCAUCAAAAACAAGAUCAAAGACGCCGGUGCCAAAUACGUUGCGGGUGUAUGGAAUAGCAUAAAUCCUUCAAAAAGCGCCCUUGCAAAGGUGUUUUUGUACGGAAAUGACGUGUCAGAUGAUGCAAAGGAUGCUCUGAAAGGACCCGCAGUGACUUUAUAG